CCGUACCAAUAUGGCGGCAGUGCUUCUACAGCGGACACACGGCAGUGGCUGGAGAAUAAAUCGAGUGCACCUAUACGGUUUUUAGGUCACGUGUUGCAGGUUUUUCCGCGGGAUUGAUGGCUGGAGCUGUGCGGAGCUGAAGCUUCCUACAUGAAGAAGAUAAUCACGGCUCAUUGGAAGACUACUGUGCUUACCAACAUUAGUUGCGGCUGGACGCAACUACCGCUUUACAGAAACAAACCAUCCAAACCUUUUGUGGAUCUUUACAGAGUCAAAGAGAUGCCACCAAAGAAAAAGGCCAGAGUCAGUAAAAGGAAUACAGGUUCAGGCAAAGAUGAUGACAGGGAGCCAGUGUCCCCAGCUUUGAAGAAGAGGAAAGCUGCAACUUCUGGUGGAAAAACUGACGAGAGCUCGGCGUCUUCUGGUUCUCCACAGUACAGUCGCUGGCUGAUGAAGUCUGAACCCGAGAGCCGCUUUGAGAAUGGCAUCGACGUAAAGUUUGGCAUCAAGGACCUGAAGGCUCUGCCUGAUCAGACCAGCUGCUGGGAUGGCGUUCGUAAUUAUCAGGCACGCAAUUUCAUGAGGCAGAUGAAAGAGGGGCAGCUGGCUUUCUUUUACCACAGCAACUGCAAGGAGCCGGGGAUAGCAGGACUCAUGAAAGUUGUGAAGGAAGCUUAUGUGGACCACACUCAGUUUGACAGGAAAGAUGUGCAUUAUGAUGCAACCAGCAAACCAGACGACCCCAAGUGGAGCAUGGUAGACGUCCAGUAUCAAAGGAUGAUGAAGCGUUUUCUUCCUCUGUCGGAGCUUAAAAAGCACCACCUGCAGCAUCGCGCUAAGGGGGGGCCCCUCAAAGACAUGGCACUUUUUACAAGGGCUAGGCUCUCUGUGCAGCCUCUCAACACCGAGGAGUUUGACUUCAUCUUGAGUCUGGAGGACAAAGAGCCACUGUAAGGAUUGACUUCACAACGCAGCAAAAUCAUCACAAGUACCAUUGCUUCACUGUAACUGUUAACGUUUAUUAAAGAUAUUAAAUAUUUUUAUUAGA